CUCCCCUGCGGAUUGCUGCCAACUUGUGACGGAAAUGGAAAAAUAGGGAGAAGAGCUCAAGUGAUGAUGGAAUCUUCAGCACCCACUUCUACCAAUUCAAGCUCCGUCACAAGCAGCAGCCCCUCCGGGAGCCCACUGCCCGAUGACGUGUUGGUUCAGUAUGUGGUGUUGAGGAGAGACCUGAUCGACGAGUGGCCACUUGGGAGCAUUGUCACGCAAGGAUGCCACGCUUCGGUUGCUGCAAUCUGGUCCCACAUGACGGACCCACACACGCUGGGGUAUUGCGACCCUAGUAACAUUGACUCCAUGCACAAGGUGACCCUUGAAGUUAAAGGCGAGGCCCAGAUUGUGAAUUUGUCAGAGAAGCUUAAAGAAGGCGCGAUUGCUCACAAGUUGUGGAUUGAACAACCUGAAAACAUCCCUACUUGCCUUGCCACGAAACCCUACCCAAAAUCACACGUAUCGUCAUUCUUCAAAAAGCUAAAGCUCUGUAGGUGAGACCUACAAACUCAUCCUAAUUUGAUGAAUGUAUGUGUGUGUGUGUGUGUUGUUUUUAAAAUUUAAAAAAAAAAUUGGAUUUUUGUGCUAGCUUUUGUGGUAGUAGCUAAUGGGUGUUUGAGGUUGUGGUGGAUUCUUGGAAAAACCAUAAGCCAUAAUUCCCCAUAAACCAUUUGGUUAUUUUGCACAUCUGAAGCCAUAAACUAUAAGUUGAAAC